UUUAUAUAUCUUCCAUUUCCUUUAAUUCUGGCUCAACCUCACAAAUUGAGGUUAAAUAUUGAGUGAUUGAUACCUCCAUCCCUUUCACUCGCUCUACUUGAUUUCAGUUCACACAAAAAUUGGUGGAAGAAGCUUUGCUUUUUAUUGUUGGCUUAUAUAUAGACGUAUACAACUUGAAUGGGCUUGUGAAUUUAAGCUGACAUUCUCUGGAGCUGUGUUGGAACGAAUUCUCUCUACCUCUCUUAUAUUCUCCUUUGGAGAUUAAUGAUUCAGAACAUGCCUUUCAAGGAAUUCUUCACUGAAUAUGGUGAAGCAAAUUUAUAUGAAAUCCAGGAGGUUGUUGGUAAGGGAAGUUACGGUGUUGUGGCUGCUGCAGUUGAUACUCACACCGGAGAAAAGGUGGCUAUAAAGAAGAUAAAUGACAUUUUUGAGCAUGUCUGUGAAGCUACUCGCAUUCUUAGAGAGAUCAAGCUCCUCAGGUUGCUCAGGCACCAAGACAUAGUUGAGAUUAAGCAUAUCAUGUUGCCUCCAUGUCGGAGAGAAUUCAAGGAUAUCUACGUUGUGUUUGAGUUGAUGGAAACGGACCUCCAUCAUGUAAUAAAGACAAAUGAUGAUCUUACACCAGGGCAUCAUCAGUUCUUUUUGUAUCAGUUGCUUCGAGCUUUAAAAUAUAUCCAUUCAGCAAAUGUGUUCCACCGGGAUUUGAAGCCCAAAAACAUCCUUGCUAACGCAGACUGCAAGUUGAAGAUAUGCGACUUUGGGCUAGCUCGUGCAUCGUUUGGUGAUGCCCCAUCUGCUGUUUUCUGGACUGAUUAUGUGGCGACCCGGUGGUAUCGUGCUCCUGAACUUUGUGGUUCCUUCUUUUCCAAAUAUACCCCGGCUAUUGAUAUAUGGAGCAUAGGAUGCAUAUUUGCAGAAAUGGUCACUGGCAAACCAUUGUUUCCUGGGAAGAAUGUUGUCCACCAGUUGGAGCUCAUAACUGAUCUUCUUGGCACACCUUCUCUUGAAGCUAUCUCGAGGAUUCGAAAUGACAAGGCCCGAAGAUAUUUGAGUAGCAUGAGAAGGAAAGCACCUAUACCUCUGUCGCAAAGAUUCCCAAAUGUUGAUCCUCUGGCUCUCCGUUUACUUGAGCGCCUAAUUGCAUUUGAUCCCAAAGAUCGUCCGUCUGCUGAAGAAGCAUUGGCAGAUCCAUAUUUUUACGGGCUGGCAGAUGUGGAAGAUGAACCAUCAACACAACAUAUCUCAAAAUUUGAGUUUGAGUUUGAAAGAAGAAAUUUAACGAAAGAAGACGUGAGGGAAUUGAUCUACCGAGAGAUCUUGGAGUAUCAUCCCCAGAUGCUCCAGGAGUACCUCCGUGGCGCGGACCAGAUUCACUUUAUGUAUCCAAGUGGAGCUGAUCAAUUUAAGCAGCAAUUCUUCCGGCUCGAGGGACAAGCAGGAAAAGUCGGCAGUCCACCAAUGCGGAGGAGAUAUGCUUCCUUGCCAAGGGAACGUGUAUGCGGGCUCAUUGACGAGGACCCUGAUCGAAGUGAUUCCAGAAGUCGAGCCGUAGUGCCAGUUCCGCGUCCAGUCCUACAGAGUCCCAGGAACUCAUUGGAGAUGAAAAGAUCAGAAGCUCCAAAGGCCAGCACAAAGGCUAAAGGUGAUCAUAAAGUAUCGUGCUACAGCGCCCGUUGCUUGCUGAGAAGUGAUAGCAUCAGUGCUUCGAAAUGCAUUGGAGUGCAAGGACAAGACUACCUGUGAGGUGCAAUCGUCUCGUGUAUGGUAUACUUGUCAAUGAUCAUCGUGCACAAGGGUCAUGGAUCUGAAAGAUAGUUGUGCAAGAUUCUUGAUUUAUGGAUAGUUAGUUGUCCAAGAUUGUUGAUUUAUUGUUGUAACAUCAAGUGUGUAUCAUUUUGUUGUUUCAGUAUUUACAUUGUAAGUUGUAACCAGUGUCAUAUGAUGAUGAUGAUUGAUGAUACAUGAAAAAGAUUUGCAAUUCUA